AUGUUAUUUAUGCUAGAACAUAAAAUUAGCGAACAUCAAUUCAAGAACUGUUUGAAUUGCUUAGGUGAAGGAUGCUUCCCACCAGCAGGAUACGGAAUUGGCUCUUAUUAUCCUAUGGCUAUGUCAGAUCCCUCACGACCACAUGUUGAUGCGGUUAAUUCUAAUAUGAUCGAUGAUAAUUAUCCACCACCCUAUGCUUCAUCAUCAGAUGUAGAAACCAAUUUGGAUUUCAUACAAGUGGCUUCCGAAUUAAACUGCCGUGGAUUUGAUGAAAAUUGUCGGUGGUCUAAUACAAAUGAAGACGAAUUAGAUUGGACAGUGUUGAUAUCUACGCCACAAGUUGAACCAUGGGUUACAGCAUUACAAACAUCUCUUAUUCCUGAUUCAUCGGCAGCAGUUCUUAUAUCUGGUAAUCGGAAUGCAUGGGAUAGUGGGCAACUGGUUUCCGAUACACUACCCUGUAUAGUAUCACCAAUACAACUGACGGCUACAGUGUGGCGGUCUUCUGUAAAUGAUCCAAUUCAACAACAACCAAAUUUACAGAUUUGCAGCCGUAAUGUGCAUAGUAAUCUACCUAAUUCUAAUUGCAAUAUAUUUCCAAUACAAAAUGGUAUACCGGUUACUGUGAAUGUACCUGAACCACGUGAUCCUACUACUCCUGCCCAGAUUGUCUUGGUGGGUGACAAUUUUGUUGGAACAUACGGAGGAGCAUUAUUUGUUCAAGACAUCUUUGUCGAUGGUGAGGUGUUGUCAGACUGCUCAGCAGAAGUUAUACCUAGUUCUACCCAUUCCGAUAAACUACUGAAGCAACAAUCAGGACGACCGAUUCCUUUAAACAGCUUCCAGGAUUCCAUGGAUACACUUGUAGAUGUUCAGGAAUUGAAUUCCCUGCAAGAAAUUUCUGACUGGCGAUCGUCAUCUAUUUCACAGUUCACUCAACCAUCCCAAAUGGAUUCAGCUAUGGCUGUAUGCUUGAAACUCUCCUGUAAUCCUGCUGAAAAAGAUUGUGGCUGGCAUAAUGGUAUAGUUGGAUGGUCGAUUUGGACCAGAACUGAUAGUUUUUCAAAUCCAUUAACUGGCAUUGUCAUGCCACCUUCUGGAUCCAAGGGAUUUUUAGUAGCAUCUUAUGAUAAUAAUUUCAAUAGUUCUAUCCAUCACAUCAUUAGCCCUAGAAUCACUGUAUCUACCCGGGAACAACCUCUUUACUUUUGCUUUUAUGAAUAUUUUUCUCUUGGUGGAGCUCGCUUUGCAAUUUGCGUUGAUAAAUUUGGUAAACGAUGUUUUUACUCGAAAACUGAUAUUCUUAAUGAUAAUCAUGUAAAGGAAAGCAGACGAUGGAAUCUGAAAUGUGCUGAACUGCCAGUAGGAACAUAUCAGAUUCAUGUAUUGGCUGAAAACAAAGGACCAAAUAAAGGAGAAAUCGGUUUUAUGCCAUUGAGAGUAAGUCGAGAUCUAGCUGGAAAUGAUGUUGUCUGCUAA